AUGUGGCUAAAUCUCAUAAUUAUUCUGCAGGAAAAACUUUUAAAGGAAAUGAAUACUUUAUGGGAACGUUUCCAGGAAUUGAAAAACAAUGUGACACAGGAAAUUAAAAAGGCGCAUUCAUUCACGGAAUAUGUGUCCAUAAGGGAGUUGAUGAUAAAAGCUCAGUACCAGAAGUUGCAUAUACUUCUCUAUGAGGAGGAGCAACUGCAGCUGCAGGCCCUGCACAGAGAAGCACAGGAGAUUUCCCAGCAGCUCAAGGACAGUGAGAUGAGAAUGACACAACAGAAACACCAGGUGAAAGAAACAUACAGAGAGCUGGCUGAGGCAUGCCGGAAGCCUGACCUGGAGUUACUGCAGGAUAUGGGGAGUGUAUUAGAAAGAGCAGAACUGGUACAGACACUCAAUCCCCAGCGGGUUAACCCAGAGCUGACAUUAUGGCACAUCACUGGACUCACAGAGAUGCUAUACAACUUCAAAGUGGAUCAUGGUCUGAAGAAGGAAGUGGCCCACAGCUACUUAAGGCUCCCUGAGGACCUCAGAAGUGCAAUAGUUGGAGAAGGACAUCGCAGUGUCCCCAGCCAUUCCCAGAGAGCAGAGAGCUUUGCUGUGUGGGGUGCUCAGACCUUCACCUCUGGCAAGCAUUACUGGGAGGUGGAUGUGUCAUCCUCUUCCAAUUGGAUUUUGGGAGUCUGUUAUGAUUCCAGCACAAGUGAUACCAGUGACAUUCUUAAUCUCGAAGAAGCAUUUCUCCUGGCCUCCCUGAAGAGUAACAACCAUUACGUCCUUUCCACCAGUGUUCCACCCUUAACUCACUAUGUGAAAAUGCCCCUGAGUAGUGUUGGGGUGUUUCUGGAUUGUGACCAUGGAACAGUGAGUUUCUAUGACGCUGACAUAGGUUCCCUCAUACAUUGUAAUGUUCCAACCCACUUUACUUCUCCUCUGAACCCCUUUUUGUGCCUUUGCCCCCAUGAAAUGUCUUUAUGA